AUGUCAGAAAGACGUUUGUUGAAAGAGUACCAGGUGGUUAAAAAGGAAUUGGGUAACCACAAGAAUAUUAUUUCAUCUUUGGAACCUAUCGAUUCUGAUGAUCUUACAAACUGGACAGCAACGAUUUUAGGUCCUCCAAAUACUCCUUACCAUGGCCAUAGUUUUGAUCUGAGAAUACACUUGACUCCGGAGUAUCCAUUGAAACCACCUCAAGUAACGUUCAGUGCAUACAAGAUGCCCCACUGUAAUAUAGAGUUCAAGACAGGUAAGAUAUGUUUAAAUAUUCUAGAUAACGCCAAUUGGUCUCCAGUUUGGAACUUAUUGACAGUAGUGCUUGCAAUUUAUCAAUUAUUGUCAGAUCCUGUGACAGAUAGCCCUUUAAAUAUCGAUCUAUCAAAUAUUUUGAAAAUUAAAGAUACUAGUGCAUAUUAUGGAUUGAUUGAAUACUAUCUAAAUAAUAAGUCAGACAAGUAA